CAGGACCAGCUUGCACAGCUACAACCAGAAUCCAAAUACUUGCUAAAUUAUGAUAGACUACCCAAAAAUGCAAAAAAAUAUUGGAAACAGCGUUAUUUCCUGUUCAAGAAAUUUGAUCAAGGUAUUCAUAUGACAUCAGAAUUAUGGUAUUCUGUCACACCUGAAGAUAUAGGGAUUUUUGUUGCCAAAUUUAUCCAAGCAUGUAACCCCGAUAUCCAAUGCGUUGCUGAUAUUUGCUGUGGUGGAGGUGGAAAUACAAUACAAUUUGCAAGAAGAUUCAAGAAAACUAUAUGUAUUGAUAUCAAUGAUGACAAUCUAUACUGUACAAAAAAGAAUUGUGAAGUAUAUGGUGUUUUAGAAAAAGUUGAGCUUCGACAAGUUGAUUGGACUAAAGUAAAAGGGACAGAAUAUUUUGAAUAUUUGAAACAAAAUGUUGACUUGAUAUUUUCAUCUCCGCCAUGGGGUGGUCCUGCUUAUAAAGGUAAGGAUCUUUUUGAUCUAAGCCUGCUUCUUCCUAUGCCAAUAAAAGAACUGUUAGUUUCAUUCUUUGAAAUCUCGCCAAAUGUUGUGUUGUUUUUACCUAGAAAUUCAGACUUGACUCAGCUAGCGGAAGUUACAAGAGAAAUAUUAGGGCCUGAUGCGAAGUGUCGAGUUUUAUACACAUAUUGUGGAGGUUACAUUAAAGGAAUUACAGCCAUAUGGGGU